CUCAAGUCGGGUCUCUUUAUAUAUUUGAACCCUUUUAAAAGCAAUGCUCCCGAACGGGUUCUCUAAAUUCCCUUUUCCCCGUCUGUGAAAUCUUUCUUUUGAUCCGUUCUUACAGUUGAAUUAUAGGACUUUAAAUGGCGGGCAGAGCUCAAAUUCCCAAUAAAAGCUCAGCGCUUAUUGCGAUGAUUGCUGAUGAGGACACUGUUACUGGGUUUUUGAUGGCCGGUGUGGGAAAUGUCGACUUGCGGAGAAAGACAAACUAUCUUAUCGUUGAUUCAAAAACAACAGUCAAAGCAAUUGAAGAUGCAUUCAAAGAGUUCACUACAAGGGAGGAUAUUGCUAUUGUUUUAAUCAGCCAAUACGUUGCGAACAUGAUUAGGUUUCUGGUCGAUAGCUACAAUAAUCCCAUACCAGCUAUUUUGGAGAUCCCUUCCAAGGAUCACCCUUAUGAUCCUGCUCAUGAUUCAGUUCUUUCACGUGUCAAGUAUCUCUUCUCUACUGAAUCUGUGGCAUCAGGACGACGAUAAGUAUGUCUAUAUGUUUCGCUCUGCAGGAUGUGAACACAAAAAUUUCCUUGUUGAUGGCUACAUAUGCGCUGCUUUUGUGCACACAACUGUAUGCAGUGCUUUCCAUUUCCUUUGCAUUGAUUGAUUUAUCUGAAUACUUUAUGUUCUCUUGUUGUGUCCAAUUAUGAAUUAUUGAUGCGAUAUGAAUUCUGGUUAUGACGAUUAAAGGAGAAAAUGGUCAUAUAAAACUUAGGCUAAGAUAUUUUAUUUUUCA